AACCGUGUCAGAGCGUUGUGGUUUACGCCUUCGAGCCUGGUUCACGUACUCCUCUCCCCGUUCCCCAACAUCUUCGGCAUGCGGUGCCUCGUCGCGCUCCCGGCGGUCGCCGUCCCCAGCCGCGGCUCACAUCCUAACCUCAAACCCCGCCGCAGAAGCACUCUAGUAGCUAUCCUUGGGAGCUGCCGCUGCGGCCGCCGCCACCUCCUUGGUGCAUCCUCUGCCGCCGGCCUCCUCCAUCUCGUCAACCCCCCGUGCCUCGCCGCCCCAGCCAUCGACCCCGCCGUGAUGCUUGAACGGGUGCACCCAGCGAGGCCUGGCUGGUACGAGAAGCUUUACGCGACGGCCAUGGACAAGGGCAUGCAGUCUUAUGAAGCCGAGAUUGCGCAGUAUAAAUCGAAUCUCUUCUCCCAAUUGUCAGUUGCGGGAGAGAACAUUCUGGAGCUUGGUGUUGGGACAGGCCCCAACUUAAAGUACUAUGCAAGUGCUGAUGGUGUAAAUGUAACUGGGGUAGAUCCUAACAUGUACAUGGAGGAGUAUUCUAGAGCAGCAGCAAAUUCUGCCGGGCUUCCGCAAUCAAAUUUCACUUUCAGAAGAGGGGUCGCCGAAGCUUUGCCAGCAGAGGAUGAUUCCAUGGAUGCAGUUAUUGGUACAUUGGUGCUGUGUUCGGUAAAGGACACUGAUAUGGCAUUAAGAGAAAUAAAGAGAGUCCUAAAGCCCGGUGGUCUCUACCUAUUCAUUGAGCAUGUUGCUGCAGCAGAUGGUUCCUUCCUCCAGUUCGUGCAAGGUGCCCUUGAUCCUCUGCAGCAAUUUGUCGCUGACGGGUGCCACCUCACCAGGAAAACAGCUGAAAACAUCAAGGAAGCCGGGUUCUCGAGCUUGAGCCUGAACGCGGUGCGCCUGUCAUCUGCAUAUAUCGUUAGCCCCCAUGUUUAUGGUGUAGCCUAUAAAUGACAUACUCUGCCUGUUUGGGACGGAACUCUGUGUGGUUUAUUCUGAGAUAAUACUCGUACUGGCACAUUUCUGCUCAGUUAUUGCCCCUGGAGGCCUUUCCCUUUUU